GGCCAUCCCCUAGCCCACCUCACUACUGUGGUAUGUAUUCACUACUGUGUCUCGCUGCAAUCUGAGAUGCCAUUUCAAUCUCGUCUUUGUUACCCCUUAGCCGGCACCCGCUAGCCACAGCUUUUGACCCUUCGUCGUUUCCCGAGCAAAAGAAGCGCGUGCUGGACCAGAUAUGACUCCCGUAUCCCUCUCCCUCUCAACACCUUGACAUCUUCGACCCUAUCAACCAACAGCCAACAUCGACCAUGGAGUACUCACAGUCCUGGAAUUAUCCUCUCCAUGAGGCCAUCUACAACCCCGCCACCUCAACGAGUGUGUCCUCUUACUUUACUCGUCCCAACAAAGUCGUCAAGUCCGGCAGUCGCAAUAGUAGUCCCCGGAAUUUGGGCAGGAGGAAGACCACCACCUCCGCGACAACGUCAUCGAGAAACCGGUCCGUGGUUGAUCAUCUUCGCUCGAGCAGCCAGCAACAACUAAGUCUAGAAGGGUCUCGGUCAAGGCCAGUGAGCUGGCAUCCGAAUUCCAUCGAUACGCUGCACAUUCCUGUCGACUCUUCUGCAGACCCGUCCGCCUGGGACUUCUCCACUGCGCAAGUCAACGGGCUCAUCACGCCUAUGUCCUAUCCGGCAAUGAAUGAGCCACAGAUUCAAGAAGUCAUUACUCCCCUUGAUGGAUACUCUGGCCGAAAUAUGAGCUUCGAUUAUGGCAAUCAAGCGUACUUCGAUCAAUCGUGGAUAGCAUCCGAACCGACCAAAGGCGAUCCAUAUGCCUUGUCGACCUUUUACCAAGCGGGAUACCCCCCGGCCCCUCAACCCUACGCGCACGCAAACCAACAACUGAUGACUUCCAACGUCCCUACGGCACCAUCCUCGCCAGAUUGCCCGCCCUUUCCAAAUAUCGACCUAGACAAUCUAUCGCUGGGAACCACCAGUGGGAAAGCUAAAGUCGAUUCGGAAGAGUUGGUCGGGAUGGGAUUGUAUGAUUCUCCAGCCGAAGUACAGUCAUCAUCCCUACUCUUCGGCAGAUUUUCUCAGUCGGGUCAAAAGUCGUUGAAGCUCGCAGAGUCGUUCGAGCCAGUAGAACAAGAUGAAGACGCGGAUGAGGACGACGAGGACGCCGCACACGAGCAGGAAUCGGAGUCAAACGAUUCUUCCAUGACAGCAUUCCCAUCCUACGAGUCUCAAUCCAUUGCCAACCACAUGGCAUUCGGCACACAGACAGAGGUCGAUCCUCUCGCAUAUAAGUAUCUUGCAACCUUAAGUCAGCUCAACAACUAUUACGCGCCCAGCCAGCAAUGCUACGGAUGGAUAUGAUUUAUGACUUGAUGAAUUCGCCAUGUUUUGUUCUUCAUUGAAUGUUGGCUUGGUUUGGUUUGGUGGGAGAUUUAGAUAUCACGACUUCUUUACAUUCACCUAUGAUACCCUAUUUUACUGGGUCCUCCAGGUAGUUCAAGGCAACUGAGACUAGAAUUUGAUGGACAAUGUGUUACUGAUACAAUUCGAUAACUGAGAAGCCGAAAGACGGUCUAGAAAACCGCCACAGAUGGACACCGAAUGUGCUUUCCUAGGCCACUCCUAGCCAACAACUGACGUCAACUUCUGAACCUUUUCCAUUGAACUAGCCCGGAUCUGGCAAGGUAUUAAAAGUGGACUUCUCGUUGCCCUCCC